UAAUUUACCUGCAAAAUUCUGUAGGAAAAAUAAGUCACCUACGUUUUUAAAAUCUGGGAAGAAUUUUAGUCUGAACCGUAGUCAUCAGAGUUGCUCUGAAGAAUUUCACCCAAAACAGAAACCACAUAAGUGCUCUGAGUGUGGGAAGAGCUUUAGUAACAGCAGUGUCCUUACUUUCCAUCUAAGGACCCAUAUGGAGGAAAAACCAUAUAAGUGUGUGAAGCGUAAUAAGACCUUCCGUGGAAACAGUAUUCUUAUUUGUCAUAUUGGUGAGAAACGUUAUCAACGCAUGGAGUGUGAAAAAAGAUUUAUUGAGAACAAAGACCUUACUCAUCAUAAAAGGACCCAUAUAGGGGAGAAACCAUAUAAAUGCAUGGAGUGUGGAAAAUGCUUCAGUAAAAGUAGGCACCUUACUUACCAUCAAAGGAUCCACACAGGAGACAAACCAUAUCAAUGCACUGAGUGUGGAAAGAGCUUCCGUAUGAGUAGAGAUCUUACCAUACAUAAAAGAAUCCACGCCGAUGAGAAGCCGUAUAAAUGCUCUGAGGGCGGAAAGAGGUUCAGCAGUAGCAACACCUUCAUUUUUCAUCAAAGGACCCGCACAUUUCAGAAACGAUACGAAUGCAGAGUUUGUGGAAAGAGCUUUCAUAACAACAGUAUUCUAACUCGCCAUCAAAUGAUCCAUACAGGGGAGAAACCAUAUAAAUGCUUUGAGUGUGGAAAGAGCUUCAGGUUGAACAGUGAUCUUACAAUACAUAAGAGGAUCCACACAGGUGAGAAACCGUAUAAAUGCAUGGAGUGCGGAAAGUGCUUCAGUAAAAGUACGCACCUUACUUGCCAUCAAAGGAUCCACACGGGGGAGAAACCAUAUAAAUGCCUGGAGUGUGGGAAGACCUUUAGUCAAAAAGGUACCCUUAUUGCCCAUCAAAGGAUUCAUACAGGAGAGAAACCGUAUAAAUGCCUGGAGUGUGGAAACAGCUUUAGUCAGAGCGGUGCCUUAACUGCCCACCAAAGGAUCCACACCAGAGAGAAACCGUAUAAAUGUGUGGAAUGUGGAAAAAAUUUCAGCCUACACAGCAUUUUUAUAAAACAUAAAAGAAUCCACACAGGAGAGAAACCGUAUAAAUGUGUGGAGUGUGGAAAGAGGUUCUGUGAGAGCAGUAGCCUCAUGACGCAUGAAAGAAUCCAUACAGGAGAGAAACCAUAUAAAUGUACCGAGUGUGGAAAGAGCUUCAGUAGAAAUACUAUUCUUACUCGACAUCAAAGGAUCCACACAGGGGAAAAGCCUUAUAAAUGCACAACGUGUGGGAAAAGCUUCAGUUUUAACAGCGAUUUUACAGUCCAUAAGAGAAUCCAUACAGGGGAGAAGCCAUUUACAUGCGCAGAAUGCGGAAAGAGCUUUAAUACAAGCCCUCAACUUACUUGCCAUCGAAGGGUUCACACAGGAGAAAAACCAUAUAAAUGCUUGGAAUGUGGAAAGACCUUUCGUCAGAACAGCGCCCUUACUUUCCACCAAAGGAUCCACACCGGAGAGAAACCGUAUGAAUGUAUGGAGUGCGGAAAGAGCUUUCGUCAAAACAGUGCUCUUAUAUCCCAUCAAAGGAUCCACACCGGAGAGAAAAUAUAUAAAUGCAUGGAGUGUGGAAAGACCUUCAGUCUCAACAAUACUUUUAUAAAACAUAAAAGAACUCAUACGGGAGAAAAACCCUAUAAAUGUGUGGAGUGUGGAAAGAGGUUCCGUGAGAGCAGUAGCCUCAUGACUCAUAAAAGGAUCCAUACAGGGGAGAAGCCAUAUAAAUGUAUGGAAUGUGGAAAGAGCUUCAGUAGCAGCAGCGCCAUUACCUAUCAUCGAAGGAGCCACACCGGGGAGAAGCCGUACAAGUGCGCGGAGUGUGGGAAGAGCUUUAGUAGCAGCAGUGCGCUUACUUACCAUCAAAGGAUCCACACAGGGGAGAAGCCGUAUGAAUGUAUCGAGUGUGGAAAGAGCUUUGGUAGUAGCAGCGCCAUUACCUACCAUCGAAGGAUACACACUGGAGAGAAGCCCUAUCAAUGUAUGCAAUGUGGAAGGAGUUUCAGUAGCAGCAGUGCCCUUACUAACCAUCGAAGGAUCCACACAGGAGAGAAACCAUAUGAAUGCAUGGAAUGUGGGAAAAGCUUCAGCAGUAACAGUGCUCUUACUAACCAUCUAAGAAUCCACACAGGGAAGAAACCAUACAAGUGCAAGGAGUGUGGAGAAAGCUUUAGAUGGAGCAGCCAUCUUAUUUGUCAUGAAAGGAUCCACACAGGUGAUAGACCUUAUAAAUGCACAGAAUGUGGAAAAGCCUUCAGUACAAACUGUAAUCUGAGUCGCCAUCAGCGGAUCCACACAAGUGAAAAACCAUAUAGUUGCAAGGAGUGUGGAAAAACAUUCACGGAGAGUAGUGAUAUUAUUUCUCAUCAAAGGAUCCAUACAGGAGACAAACCAUAUAAAUGCCUGGAAUGCGGAAAGAGCUUUAUUGUCAACAGAGAUCUUACUCAACAUCAAAGAUUCCACAGAGUGGAUAAGCCGUAUAAAUGCCUGGAAUGUGGAAAGAGCUUCACUCAGAAAGGAAAACUUAAUUCUCAUAAAAGGAUCCACACAGGAGAAAGACCAUAUAAAUGCAUGGAAUGUGGAAAGAGCUUUAUUGACAAAUGGCCCCUUAUUGUCCACCAAAGGAUUCACACGGGGGAAAAACCAUAUAAAUGCGUGGAGUGCGGAAAAGGUUUUCGUCGGAACUCAGAACUUAUUCAUCAUAGGAGGAUCCACACUGGGGAGAAACCAUUUAAAUGCAUGGAGUGUGAAAAGAGCUUUGCUCGGAAAGGAUGUCUAACUAGUCAUGAAAGGAUCCACACAGGGGAGAGACCAUAUAAAUGCACAGAAUGUGGAAAGGGCUUCAUUACAAGGAGAAAUUUGGCUCACCAUCAGAGGAUCCACACUAUUGAAAAACCAUAUAGUUGCAAGGAGUGUGGAAAGAGAUUCACUGAGAGUGGUGAUAUUAUUUCCCAUCAAAGGACUCACACUGGGGACAGACCAUAUAAAUGUCUGGAAUGCGGAAAGAGCUUUUUUUACAACAGUGAUCUUACUCGACAUCAAAUGAUUCAUACAGCAGACAAACCAUAUAAAUGCUUGGAGUGUGGAAAGAGCUUCACUCAGAAAGGAAACCUUAAAUCUCAUAAAAGGAUUCACACAGGAGAGAAACCGUAUAAAUGCAUGGAGUGUGGAAAGAGCUUUAUUGACAACUCACGCCUUACUUUACACCAAAGGAUGCACACAGGGGAAAAACCAUAUAAAUGCAUGGAGUGUGGAAAAAACUUUUCUUGGAACACAGAACUUAUUCAUCAUAAGAUGAUCCACACUGGGGAGAGACCAUAUAAAUGCAUGGAGUGUGGAAAAAGCUUUGUUUGGAAAGGACAUCUUACUUCUCAUAGAAGGAUUCACACAGGGGAGAAACCAUAUAAAUGCAAAGAAUGUGGAAAGAGUUUUGCUCAGAAAGGAUGUCUUACUCGACACCAGAGGAUUCACACAGGGGAGAAACCAUAUAAAUGCACAGAAUGUGGAAAGAGCUUUGCUUGGACAGGACAUCUUUAUUCUCAUAAAAAGACCCAUUCAGUGGAGAGACCAUAUAAAUGCUUGGAGUGUGGAAAAAGCUUUAACUGGAGGAGAGAUCUUAUUCAUCAUAAAAGGAUCCACACUGGGGAGAGACCAUACAAGUGCAUGGAGUGUGGAAAGCAAUUUACUCAGAAAAGUGCUCUUAUUAAUCAUGAAAGAAUCCAUACAGGGGAGAGACCAUAUAAAUGCACAGAGUGUGGAAAAAGCUUUACUCAAAGUGGGCCACUUAAUUCUCAUAAAAGGAUCCACAUGAAGGAGACACCAUAGAAGUGCAUGUAGUGUGGAGAAAGCUUUAACAAUCACAAUACAUUUACUCAUGAAAAAAUCCACGCUGGGGAAAACCCAUAUAAUGCAUGGAGUGUGGAUAUAGUUUUACUGGGAAAGAACAUCUUACUCAUCAUGAAAGGAUCCAUGCAGGGAGGAAAUGGACAAAUUGGAAAAGCCUCCAGUAGAAACUUUUAUCUGACUCACCAUUAGAUGAUCCACACGGGAGAAAUCAUGUAAAUGCAGGGAGUGUGGACAGAGCUGUUCUCGUGAAGGACACCAUAAUUCUCAUAAAAAAUGUCCACAGAAGAAACUAUAUAAAUUCAUGGAAGGAGCUUCAGAAUAAUGUUGGUCUCAAAUAUUUGAAUUCAUUAAGAGCAGCCAGUCUUCCCUUGCCUACUUUGACCUGCAUUUUUCUUCUCCCUCCCCAUGAUGUGGGAAAAAAGAUGGCAAAAUAUGGAUUAAGCUGUUCAGUUUCCUCCUUAUUGCCCAUCACCAUCUCACUAUCUUUUGCAAAGGGAGGACUGAGGGCUUCCUUCUUAAUUUACUAAAAAAAACCUCUAUAUAAAACAAUUCACGUUUAUCAAAUUUAGAAAGCAUUUUAAUCUGUAGAGUUAUGUUAAUUCCCGCAAAGUACUGCUCAUAUUCUUGUUUCUCUCUCAAGAUUUAACUAAACAAAUCUUGGCUUUUUCCUUUGUUAUCUUUUGACUAGGGGAAGGAGAAGUGAGAUCAGCCCCAGAAAGACAACCUCUUUUUGAGCAGUUGCCACCUCAAUUAUUCCUCACCACUUGAGCUUCCCAACAUAUUUUGAGGAAGAAACUCCUUAUGCUCUUACUGUCUUGGAAUCUUACUAAUAAAACUCUU